CGCUCUUCAUAGCGGAAGUCGUUUCUCUUUGGUCAAAGCAACAUGGUUUCACCCUGUAGGCAACGUGAACGUAAACAAGCGACUCACCUCUGAAAGGACAACUACAGUAAUAUAUUAUAAAUCACAGCAGCGGCUGUUAUAAAGCUGUUAUAAAGCUCCAUGGCGCUCAGACUGUGUGCUCGGCUCGUCAGAGACUCCUCCGUCCUCUCCAGACCGGUAGCCGGGGCUGCUCGACAGGAAAGUGCGUCAUGGAUCCUCACAGCGGGAAAUGCUGCCUGCAGCCGAGGAGGGAGGAACGGAUUUAUCUUCACUCCUGCUUGCUUUAUUACAUCACACACAUUACUCAACAGACUGACGAAAGGCAACCCACUGGAGGAAAACAGCAGUUCAUACCGCUUUCCAGCCUCCGUGCCUUCGGACAUCGUGGAACAAGUAUCUUUGUUAAUGAGACAUCCAGAUCAGCCUGAAAACCCAAAGGUUUUAAAAGUGGCCGUAAUGGGAGCGCCAAACGCUGGGAAGUCGACUCUGUCCAAUCAGAUCCUCGGCAGGAAGGUGUUCGCUGUGUCUAAGAAGGUCCACACUACGCGGUGCCGAGCCCUCGGUGUCCUAACAGAGGACGACACUCAGAUAAUUUUACUGGACACUCCUGGUUUCACUACUGCAGCAAAGGUCACAAGACACCAGCUGGAGAAUACUUUGCUCGAGGAUCCCUGGAACACAGUGAAAGAAGCUGAUCUAAUUGUGGUCUUGGUGGACGCGUCGGACAGAUGGAUGUGCGGCAGGCUGGACCCCGAGGUGCUUAAAUGCCUGACCCAGCACAGUGACACCCCUGCAAUCCUGGUCCUCAAUAAGGUGGACCGCGUUAAGGCUAAGCAAAGGCUGCUGGACGUCACAGCAGUGUUGACAUGUGGAGUGGUGAACGGACACAGGUUGCAGUGCAGGCCGAAGAUCAAGUCUGGAUGGGGUCAGAGACCAAAGAGGGAUUCAGAGUCAUCACAUGACGAGGACGAGGUGAACGCUGAUAGCAGCGCAGACCCAAACUCUGAGCUGAGCAAAGAUCAGCGGAGGAGGCAGCUGGGCUGGGCUCACUUCAAAGACGUCUUCAUGAUCAACUCUUUGGACAGAGAGGACGCACAGACGCUGAAGAGCUACUUUAUGGUUGCGGCCAAGCCAGGAUCGUGGCAGUACCACAGCGAGGUCCUGACAGACCAGAGUCCAGAGGUAGUCUGCACCAACCUCAUCAGAGAGAAGCUGCUGGAGUACCUGCAGCAGGAAGUGCCCUAUUCAAUGACACAGUCUAUUGAACUCUGGCAACAUGGAGAAAACGAUGACCUCGAUAUUUCUGUGAAAAUUUAUACCAAGAAAGAUGCUCACGUGGGAAUUGUGAUAGGCGCGGGCGGUCAGAGGGUGACGCGGAUAGCCCAAGAGGUGGGCGAGGAACUGAGCUGCCUCUUCCUGAAAGACGUGAAACUGAGGCUGGCAGUUAAGUUCAGGAAGUGAACAGGAUGGAAGGAAAUUUUACAGGGAAGAGGCGGAAACAGAUCCUGCUGGAUUUAGGAUGACUCUUUUUGUAUUUUUCUCUGCAAAGGACAGAUCUGAAGAGUCAAACAGAGAGAAAGAGCGGCGUGGAGCUGUGUGGUAGCACAUAGCCACAGUCCCAGAGACGGACCUGUUUAAAGUGUGCAUCAGCAGCCUCCUUUCAUGCAGUCUCAUAAGACAUUAUUAAAGAGUUUUAUGUGGAGGUGCUACCUGCUGUUAUUAUGUAAAGUGUGCCCCAACUGUAAAGAAAUGUGACGCAUCUAAAUUGGUGCAGAAGUGCAGAAAAUAUAUCCAUUAAAAGCAGCUUACACAAGCAGCAAAAUAUAAUUAUUGGCAGUUAUUGAGCAGAGAUAUAUUUUCGGCAACAAACAUGACACAGACUGUCAUCAAAUGGAUGUUUUGACACAAGUUUGACAGUGUGUUCAUGGCUGAGCAGGUUUGGCGAGCUGUGAAAAGGCCGAUGGUUUAUCUUUGGCUCUCAGAGCUUUUUACUUGGCGGGCGCCUCGCGCCUAGCGGGACCUGCACAGUCAUGUUCACUCAAAUGUCCCUGAUGUACCAUCCACCCCUGUUCCCUCCACUCCCACAUCACUUUAGCCUUCUUCACUGCCUUUGAAGUGUGGCCAUCCAUCCCUGCGACUAUCACUUUUUGUUCCGCUGCUUUCUUCCCCCUUUUUUUCUUCUCUCUCCUCCUCCCUCUGCUUUUUUGGCUCUCAUAAAGCCCGGCUCUGCCCCCGAGGGCGGAAUUGUCUCCCUAAUGGAUGGCAAAAUGGAGCACUAACCUGAUGCUAAAAUGGGUCAGAUAAUGGUGAUUGGAUUCAUUCCUGCUGCCUGUGAGUUAACUCGACGGUUACUCUAUCCGGGGCAUCUUGAUGAAUAACCAGCUAGUGGCCUGCAGCGAGGGCGACAGGAGGGAGGGAGAGGCCUUGAAUGUCUCACAGAAGCUGUGUCAGCCCCUCCAGCUCUCCCUGCUCUCUGCAGCGGCUGCUUCCCAGUGAUUAGAUAAGCCGGCUGCGCAGCAGAGAUCACCACUUAGACAAGCCAACUGCUCCUUGAAAAUAUUAUAGCUCCUGUACGUUAGCCAGCACAUUAAAACAUCCUUUCAAUACAACAUAUUUAGGAUGCUGAACCCAGAUUUAAACGUGUUUCUACCAAAAAAUAACGAGGCACUUGAUUGAUUUGGAGCCACAAGCUUUAUUUUAUUCACAAGUAUGUGUACAGAAACAUAUAAAUAAAUGUCCUCUUCAUGUACAACACAGCAAUCAGCUUUCUUCAUCCUGCUGUCCAGAUGAUAUUGAGCGAGGGCCAUAUAACCCUUACCAUUACUGAAACUCAGUAAUGGUAACGGUUUGACGGCCCUCCUCUGUAGCGUGUGCAGUCAGUUAGGUGCUGAUAGUGCCGGUGGGGGAAUGAAACCCUGGAUAGUACAUCAUCUAUACUGUAGUGUCUCUUUAUUAAACUUACAGUAUAAGAUGAUAUCCUGUCCAGUGCACAAGAUAGAACCGUUAGCAGCGAGUUUUAUGACGUGUUUGUAAUCUGCAAGGCAAAGGUAGACGGCUCAUUAGUGAUGCGAGCAGUGAAGGUCAACCAAUGAAAAUGUUAAUCAUAUGGUAAAGAUGCUAUUUUUAAGAAAGAGGUGUAUGCAAAUGCCAGUCUGAAGAAAAUAUGAAUAAAACAAUGUUUAAAAACCUC